AUGCUGCUGGUGCCAGGGGCGUGCUCUUAUCACGACUUUGUUGCGCCCGGUCGUUGCGGAGCAUCGAGAAGAGCCCUUAUCGGUGCAGCUAUUGAGGAUAUCGGUAUAGCCACCUUGAUGGUCUUCGGCGGCACCGGCCAAAUAGGCCGCUCCCUGGUCAAGAGCUGCCUCAACCACGGCGACUCCGUCACCGUCGUGGGCCGCAUCUUCGAGUCCACGCGGGAGCAGAUGGCGCAGGCGCACCUGCACCACCCGCAAGCGGAGAACGCCUUUGGGACUUUGUGCGACGUGCGUGACUACGCCUCGGUCAACCGGGUGAUCGACCAGACGCUCGACCGGUUCGGGCGCAUCGACUGCAUCGCCAACUGCUCCGGCUACGGCGUCAUCGGCGCGUGCGAGGACCAGGACGAGCACGAGAUCCGCAACCAGUUCGAGACCAACUUCAUGGGCACCGUGCACAUCAUCCAGGCCAGCCUGCCCUACUUCCGCGAGCAAGGGGCGGGGCGGUAUAUCAUCUUUAGUUCCACCUCCGGGGCCCUCGGCGUCCCCGGUCUGGGCCCUUACUGCGCGACCAAGUAUGCGGUGGAAGGCCUGAUCGAGGCCAUGCUGUACGAGGUCGACGCGUUCAAUAUCAAGGCUACCCUCGUCGAACCGGGCUUGGUGAGGAGAGACGAGGCGGACACCUCCAUGGUGCCCCGCUGGGGCCAUUUCCUCAUCAAGCCGGCCAGCGAGCCGUACUCGCACGCGACGUCGCCGGCGCUGCACGCGAAGAGGAUGGUGCAGUGGUUGGGCGAUAAGCAGCCGACCAGUGCCCAGAAGUGCGCGGACUUGGUGUGGCAGCUGGGCCACUGCUCGUACCCGCCGCUGAGGCUGCUGCUUGGUAGUUAUGCGAUUGAAAGCAUCCGGGACCGGUUGAGGUCGGUGACGGAGGAGUUGGAGGACUGGAAGCAUCUGCAUUUUCCAGUGGCGCCGGAGCCGGGGAGUAGCGGUGAGAAUAGGGGCGAGGAUGGCGAAAACAAGGGGGGCGAGAAUGUCGACAGAGAGGGGGACAUGGAGAUGGAGGUUGAGGAGACGUCCCCUACUAGCAACAAGGAGUGA